CUCACCCUUGGGGUUAAACUGUGUAACUUUGGGGGACCCUAUCAACAUCCUCCUGAAGUAAAGGAUAAAGUGGAAAUAGUGCCCUCCCUACGCUGGAUGGUUGUAAACAGAGACAAGACCUGCAGCAAAAUCCAAAGAAAACUUACCCAUCCUCCAACUCCAACCACCUCCAAUGGGCACGCCGGUGAAAGUGUACGGUCCACCAUUGUCCACUGCUGUCUCCAGGGUUCUUGCCUGUCUCCUUGAGAAAGAUGUCCCUUUUCAGCUCAUUUCCGUCAACAUGUCCAAAGGCGAGCACAAAAAGCCAGACUACCUCAAGAUACAGCCCUUUGGCCAAGUCCCAGCUUUUCAAGACGAAAGCAUCUCUCUCUUUGAGUCGAGAGCAAUAUGUCGAUACAUAUGUGACAAGCACGCAAGACAGGGAAACAAGGGUCUGUACGGAGUAAACCCGUUGGAAAAAGCUUCAAUUGAUCAGUGGUUGGAGGCCGAGGGACAAAGCUUCAACCCACCGAGCUCAGGCCUCGUGUUUCAGCUAGCUUUUGCACCGCGAAUGAAGAUCAAGCAAGACGAAGCAAUUAUCAAGCAGAGUGAAGAGAAGCUGGCAAAAGUGCUCGAUGUGUAUGAUAAGAGACUCGGUGAGACUCGGUACCUGGCUGGCGAUGAGUUCACAUUGGCUGAUCUUUCUCACCUGCCUAAUACACAGUACUUGGUGAGUGGGACUGAUAAAGGAGAGCUCUUCACUUCGAGGAUGAAUGUGGGAAGGUGGUGGGGUGAGAUUUCGAGCCGAGAGCCGUGGAAGAAGGUGGUUGAAAUGCAGAACACACCACCAUCGGCAAAAGCUUGAAUUGGGUUCGUGAUUUCUAGGUGUACCCUUUUGAAAUGGGCAUGUUUGAGUUUUAUGCUUCUUCAUUCUAGUUUCACUUCUGCUUUGCUAGGUUUGUGAUCUCUUUUGCUUGUAGCACCACGUUGUCGUUGUAAUUGCUUCAAGUUCUGGAGACCCUUGUUAUGCAUCUCACUAGAAAGGUGUUCAAUAAUGAGAUAGAUUCAUGUUAUCAGUCGUAUAUAAAUGGGAUACUUUUUUCUCAAAAUUGCCUUGUUCCAUUUGAAUACAACUUAUACUACAAAUAAU